CAAGUUCCAACCGAGUAUCAACCUCCUCGAGCUUUUUCAGAACAUCCCAGGCUCAUUUGUUUACCUGGACUAGUUUGAAAUUGUCCCGCCAUUUUAUUGCGAUGUUUCGGCGUCAGCAGUUCGAUCGCGUGAAUCCCCGCAAUGUUGCUCCCAGCAGGCAUACGCUCUUCAUAAGAGGUUUACCAGGCACAACAGAUGUGACGAAGGUCAAGUAUGUUUCGCUGUACCGUGUUAACCCCUUCAGGGAUUUCUUUUCCGAAGAAACCAAUUCCAAGUGUUCUGUCGACUUUUUCUCGACAUCGGAGGACAAGAAGCGUCUGUCAGUGGCUAUUCGAUUUAAAUCUCAUGAUUUGGCGAAAGAAAUCCUCGCAAAGUACAACUGUUCCAUAUUUAAUUUGUGUCAGGUACAACAAUAAACACCUUAUGGGUUUCCCCGUGGAAUUAUCGUGGUUUAAAGACCUGAAAAAAGCUAGAGCUAAAAGUAUGUCCUGUUACCUCUCAGUAUGAUUCGUGCAGUGUUCGAGGAACAACGCCAAAGUGGAGGACGUUCUUUUCAACGCCAGGGCUUCCGUGGAAAUUUUCGUGGCAAUGAUCGUCGAGGAAUGGGAAAUUCUCCCAAUGGCUUUUUUGAGGGUGAGCGUCGCAUGCGAGCAGGAUCUUCUUCGUCUGACGGCGCGGGGGGUGGAAAUGCUGGACGACACCGAUACAGCAACUCACGAAGUCGAUCUUUCACUGGAUCGUCAUCAAGGACUGGUAGUCUAUCUGGUCGUUCGGUUUCUGGCUCUCCCCGUAUGAGGAAGAAUUAUCAACAAAACGCUGCCGGCAGUUUGCGGGCGGAUGCUCGGGGAUUUUCCGAUGGACAACCGGGCUCGUUCGUUGACCGCAAUCCACCUCGUAAUCAAUCUUACCGUUCAAUGAGCAGAAGCAGCAGCAGUUCCCGAUCUUCUCAAGGCAUACAAGCACGGAACAACUCAGUCGUGCGCGGUUCCUCUACUCAAAAGGCCCAACCUGCACGUUACCAGGACGUUCAUCGAACUGCAUCCCCCUUGAACUUUUCUCACGCAUCUCGCAGAGGGCAGCGUAUAUCAGGAUCUCCUGUGGAAGAUGCUCCGGACUACUCAUUUUCCAACGCACCUGCUCCAGCUGGUGAUGGUGGAUCGUCACUUGUUAGUGGUUUGAUACAACUGAAACGACGCAAUCAGCCAGACGUUAACGAAUCUCGAUUACCCCGGCGUAAGCGUAGAAACUCCGUCGAUUCAUCUUCUUCCGAACUCUCUGCACCUUUAGACACUGCUGGUGCCGGGCGACUUCGUACCAUGGAUAACCGUUUGUCAUCUUUGUCCCCUCUCGCCAACACUAAACAUCUUCGCAAAGGCACCGUCACACCUGACCAAGCUAAGGAAGAAAUUCAGUCGGAUCUUCCGAAGCGAAAGCGACAAAAACAACUCCCUGAUUCUCCAGACUCUUUGAGUCCACCCACCAUUCGAGGUUCUUAUGUCGGGUCAUCGAAGCAACCUCCGUCGUUGGAUCAACAGCCUGGAACCCGUAGCAGUCGGCAAGCCACUAGCAAAAUGCAUCGUGGGGCUGAAUUCGAUCGACAUCAGCAAUCAACUGAUGAUUCUCGAAUACAUGCGUCCGAAGAUGAUAGGUUUGAUGAAGCUGCCGGUUGGCCACAAUCGGCCCGUCGGGCACCUGAGAAAACCCGAAGAUCUGCGAAGCCCGUGGAGGAAUCCGUGGCUGAUGAUUCAAGCUUCUCCGAAACGGAAUUCCCAUCCAAAAGACGAAGAGGAACUCGGAACAUUUCAAAGGGUGAAGAUGCUGAGAACGAAUCCAAAACUGAAACUGCAGUCUCCGUUCCUGAUGAUCCUAUAGAGUUGAUUCGACAGCGUAAAGAAACCUUGGCUCAGGUAUGCCUCUUGUUCAUCGUUUAUGUUACCGGUGCAGGAUUACAAGCGUGACUGUGAAGCAUUCACGACUGUCGUAAGAACAUUGAUCAGCAAGGACACGGAACUCGAAAGUCGCCUAAUGCCGAUGUUGAAGGAGAUUUUGCACGAAAGGGGCCAACGGUGCAUUGAAGAACUUCGUACAUUUAUCGCGGAUCAUCAGUCAGAAUUGGAAAAGACCGAGGGAACUGAAAUACCAGUCUCAUAACUUUUAAUUCCGCUUUCUAAGACUACUGCGAAUCAAGGAUGUCUGUAUCGGAGCAUUUACCAUCGUUUUACUUGCACUGUACUUGAUUGUGAAAAUGUUUUCUUAUACCGCGCCUUCACUUCCCAAGUACCUGGUAAACGCCCACCUGCCUCCAUAGGGUGGUUACUCACUUUAAUUGUGCUAUAUCAGGCUGUCGGGAUAUCUCGUGUAGUGCGUGUAUAUGCGACCAAUAUGUGUCGUGUCGCAUCGAAGAAGCAAUUUUCCGG